AUGAGCGAGCGCGGCGCCGGACGCCUGGAGGCUGAGGAGCAGCGGCUGUCGCAGCGCCUCUUUGGCGGUGCACAGACCGUGCGGAGCGUUGAUAUUGACAAUACGGCAGAAGACGCGGACGACAGCGAGCUCUUUGCGCUCGAUGUGGACGUCGCGGAUGCCAAGCCGGAAGUGCGUGCGCCGGAAGCGGCGUGGGUCGACGCGGACGACGAGCGGAUCAUGGUGCCGCUCGCAGGCCCGAACGCACGCGCGCUCGACGGCAGCGUGCGGGGCACGAAAAAGCUGCGCAAACUGCGUGCGGCGCCGGACGAGCAGUACGUCAACGGCGCCGAGUACCAGCGCCGUCUGCGGAAACAGUACGAACGCAUGCACCCGCGCCCGGCAUGGGCCAGUGCGUCGCAAGGCGAGCCGAGCGCAUGGAGCGCGCCGCUUCUCCGCGACCUGCUCUCGAGCGAGUCGGGGCUGGUGACCAAAAAGUCGAACCGUGCACACCUCUCGCCGGAGCGCCUCGAGGUCGAGCGCCUGCGCGAUGCCAAUGAGAUGCAGGGGCGCGUCGCCGAGCCGGCUGCAAUCGAGCAGGUGCAGUUCCACCCGAGCGCGCGGACGCAUGUCCUGCUUACGGCGUCGCGCGACCGCCGUGUGCGCCUCUUUCAAGUGAAUGGAACGACGAAUCCGCUGCUGGAAACGCUGCACGUUCCCGAUAUGCCCAUCAAGACGGCCCAGUUCAAUCCCGCCGGCACGUCGGUGCUGAUUGCGGGGCCGCGGCCGUACCUGUAUGCCUACGAUAUCCGCUCCGGCAAGACGCUCUGCUCGUCGCCGUGGCGCGGUGCAGGGCGCGUCGUGUCCAGCGCGGGCGGCACGGAAGCCGAUGCGGGCGCGGAGCGCGACCUGAGCUUUAUUCGCUUUGAGCCGGGCGCAGCGUCGCGCAUGGUCGCUGUCGGCGGCCGCCGCGGCCAGGUGCAUCUGCUCGACUGGGGUGCGGGCGGCGCUGCGGCUCAGACCGGCGGCCAGCGCAUUGGCGAGCUGCGCAUGAACGCGCCUCUGGCCGGUAUGGCCUGGGCGCCGGCCGGCGAUGCGUACCGCCUCCUCACCCUCUCGACCGAGGGACGCGUUCACGUAUGGGACAUGCGCAGCAGGGCGUGCCCGGUUACCGCGUACGAUACGGGCCUCUUUGGCGCCAAAGGCCUCGAGGCAUCGCCCGCUUCGUCCCUCGUCCCGUCCACCUGGUCGAUCGGAUCAAACAGUGGCGUGGUGAACGUGUACGGUGGUGCGGAUGAGGGUGCGACACAGAGCUCGACGCUCGAUGCGCUCCUUGCGACGCCGGCCGAGGCGCCGGUGACGGACGAUGUGCGCCUGACGCCCCGCAAGGCGCUCGGCAACCUCACGACGGCGAUCACCACGAUGCAGUACAGCCACGACGCGCAGCUCCUUGCGCUCGCAUCGCGCAACAAGAAGGACGCGCUGCGUGUUGUGCACGUUCCGACGCUGCAGACCUAUGCGAAUUGGCCGACGGCCGGCACGCCGCUCGGCCACGUCACGACGCUCGACUUUUCGUCGGAAAGCCAGUAUAUGGCGAUCGGCAACAGCCGCGGACGGGUGCUGCUCUACUCGUUGCGCCCAUAUGUGUAG